UGCGUGUCCAACGAGUGUUCAGCGAGGACUGCGAGUAUCUCGGCCAGGAACGGAUGUAACCAAAGUUGAAAAAUCUCUCAUCCCUGGGUAUCAACAAAGGUAGAGUGGAGAGCAUGGAUGAACAAAAUGAAGUGACAAGGACAGAGGUGGACAAACCUUUCAAAUGUGUACAAUGUGAUAAGUCAUUCAAGUGCAAGUCAAAGUUGGCUCGACACGCGAAAACACACACUGGUGAAAAACCGCACAAAUGUACUCAAUGUGACAAAGGUUUUCUUACAAAAUCAUACUUAAGGAUACAUAUGAGAAUACACACUGGUGAAAAGCCCUUCAAGUGUACUAAAUGUGACAAAGGUUUUCUAACAAAAUCACAUUUGAGAAUACAUAUGAGAACACACACUGGCAAAAACCUUUACAAAUGUACUCAAUGUGACAAUUCUUUCAGGCUGAAAUCUGAAUUACAGAAACACCUAAAUGUACAUGCCGAGGUUACAUGUAACAACAAUGGAAAAUGUCCAUACUGUAACAGUGAGUUUGUGAAAAGUAAUGCUGGCUCUAACUAUUGCAAGAAGUGUGAUAAACAUUUUAAUACUUCCCAGCGAAGGAGACCCAGGCAGUGUCCUCUGUGCGAGAAAAAGUUUCCAACUCUGUCACAGUUAGAAAGGCAUCUGCCAAGUCAUGGUGAUGAGAAACCAUUCAAGUGUAAUUUGUGCAGUAGAGGUUUCAAACAGCAUCGCAAUUUGACCUUACAUUUGGGUAUUCAUAGUGAACAAAAGCUAUACAGGUGUUCAUUGUGUGAGAGAGGCUACUCACAGAAUGGAAACUUAAGAAAACACUUAAAACUAGAACACUCAGAAUUCAAGGAAUGGCACAACUGUACUCAAUGCAGCAAAUCCUUUGGUACCUUGUUUCAAUUACAGCGACACCAUGCUAAUAUCCACACUGACCUGAAACCUUUCAAGUGUACUCAUUGCACUAAGUCAUUUAAUGACUGCUCAAGCUUAACAGCACAUCUCAGACUUCACACUGGUGAAAAGCCUUUCAAAUGUACUCAGUGCAACAAAUGUUUUAACUCUUCAUCUAAUUUGAAUACCCACUUCAGGAAACACAGUGGUGUAAAACCUUACAAAUGUGACCAGUGUGAUGUAUGUUUUACUCACCGAGACAGCCUGUUGCAUCACAACAGAUCUUUUCAUGGUAAUAUGCCAUACAAAUGCAGAGAAUGUGGGAAAGGUUUUACCACUGACCGUGGUUUGAACAGACACAAGUGUCAUCAAAUUAAUGUCCACGUUGUAGCAAUUAUAUAAGUGAUGAUAUUGUCACAUUUCAGAAAACUAUGGUUAGGUUAAGGUAGCUUAGGCCCAGUUCAGAUGCCAAACUUUUCAUGAGCCAAACUCAAUUCAAAUUUGGACUGACUCAAAUUAACAAAAGCACGCCUGUUAAUUCAGAUGCUGUUCUUUUUGGCCAUUCCAAAUACAUCUCCAUUAAAGCCAGUCAAACUGCUUGCAAAAUACAUUUUAAUAAUUUACACAUUAAGAUUGGCACAUGAAAAGUAUGGCAUCUGAAUCAGAGCUGUUCCAAAGGUGUUACGAAGGCAGAAUUCUUGGUCAAGCCAGGCAGAAAGAAUGGGUGAACUGUUCCAAACUGAAAUAGCCAUUCCAAAUUGAUUCAGAUGCCAAUCUUUUCAUGUACUAAAUUCAAGGAAUUGGGUUCAGCUCAUGAAAAUAUUGGCAUCUGAACCGGGCCUUAGAGCUUUUUCAGAGAACUUUGAACUCUCUUUGAUAUAUCAGUUCAUGGCAAGAUAAUAAUUAGAAAAUCAAUUCCCCAUGAUUACAUAAGAAAUUUCAUGAAAGAAACUCCAUUCUGUAAGAUUCAGAGCCUCCUUGACCAUUAAAUUCUCAAGAGUGACUAGCAUCUGCUUUACAGUAUCACCCCUGAAAAAAACUUCAUGAUUGUGAGUCAGAAUAAACAAAAUGAUCAACAACUGAUAAAAGAAAGUCUCGAAUGUUAGAAAAAUUCUGCUUGUAUAGAGCACAGUAUGGAGAAUAUGCAUUCUGAUGCUUGGUUGGAAGGGUGAAAUAAGAAGAAAUUAAAGUAACUAUGAAUUUUAUCAAAACCCUGAUAAUACUGUAGAUUUUUCAACAACUUACUACAAACAUUGAGAUUUUUUUUCCUAGUUUGUAUCUUUUCACCAUUACCCAGUUUAAACCUCUACUUUAAGUUAUACUGGAGUCCAAAUUAUCAAUAACUUUAGGACUCAUCCUUGAGUAUGAGCUGGUAGUUUGAGUUGUAGUCGAAUUUCAGCUUUUCAUGAUGAUACCAAAGAAUCUAGUCAGUUUCUGUACUUUGUUUCCUGACUAUGACUGUAUUUGGAAACCUUUUCUUAUAUGUAUAAUUUAUAUUUGAUAUGGGUUUUUAUAACCGUGCACAAGUUUGUAUCAUUAGGAGGUAGAGAAUGACUGUUUUUACUUUAGCCAAGUGGCUUUCAGUGAUUCCUAUCCCUGUAAAUUUAAACUGUUUUCUUGUAAGGAGUUUCAUUACAUCCCUGAAUAGGAUGCUUGUCAAUGAAAGGUUGAAUAUCUACAAUAUUUUGCUAUUGUUAAACUGAAAAUCAGGAGCACCUAAACAGGAAUCACCCAGUAUGUCAAAGAGGUGAAAAGAAGUGCACCUGCCAACUUAGAAGGCAUGAGGAUGCUGCCUGUGAAAAUUAAGUUAAAUCUCACAUCAGUUUGC